GGAAGAGAGAGAAAAUCUAGAGAGAGAGGGGUUUCGUAAGAUUGUGUUGGAUUUGGUUCUCCAUUUUGCUGUGUCAUUUUUUUUUUAUUUCUUAUUUGUUGCUGGGAACUGGGGUGGGGGAGAGAAAUUUGUGCUUCUCUCUCUACUAUCUGUUUGAUUUCCUUCUUUUUUUUUUUGGGAUAAAGUUUUGGUUUUUUUUGGUGGGGUGUGAGGGAUUUAGGGUUUGGACAGUUGGGUUGUGAAGGGAAUCAGCAACCAUGAAUAUGAUGCGACGGCUGAAGAGCAUUGCUUCUGGAAGGACUUCCAUUUCUUCAGAUCCUGGAGGGGAUUCUAGCACAAAAAGAGCUAAGUUUGAUCAAGAUGCUGAAGGGAAAGUCAGUGAAGAAAGAAUUACUGUUGAGAGAGGCAGCAAAGAUCAGGAGCAGCAUGUGGAUGCAUCAAAAGAAACUACAGUUGGCACAUCCAAUGUAUCUACUGCAACUAGAACUGAAAAGUCCGGUUAUGAUGAACUUCCGAAAGAACUACAUGAAAUGAAAAUUAGAGAAGAGAAAAGCAAAAACACUAAUGAAAAGGAUAUAGAAGCAACUACAGUGAGUGGUAAUGGAGCAGAAACAGGUCACAUUAUUACAACUGCUAUUGGUGGUAGAGAUGGACAACCAAAGCAGACAAUCUCAUACAUGGCUGAACGUGUGGUUGGUACUGGUUCUUUUGGCGUUGUUUUCCAGGCUAAGUGCCUUGAAACUGGUGAAGCAGUUGCCAUAAAGAAGGUGCUGCAAGACAAGAGAUACAAGAAUAGGGAACUCCAGGUUAUGCGGACAGUUGACCAUCCUAACGUUGUUAAACUAAAGCACUGUUUCUUUUCAACUACCGAUAAAGAUGAGUUGUACCUUAACCUGGUUUUGGAGUAUGUACCCGAAACUGUCUACAAAGUUUCAAAGAACUAUAUUAGGGCGCACCAACAUAUGCCUAUCAUUUAUGUGCAACUGUAUACAUACCAGAUAUGCCGCGCAUUGAAUUAUUUACAUCAAGUGAUUGGCGUCUGUCAUCGUGACAUCAAACCCCAGAACCUAUUGGUUAAUCCCCAGACACAUCAGUUAAAGAUAUGCGAUUUUGGCAGUGCAAAGAUGUUGGUGCCUGGUGAACCCAACAUAUCAUAUAUCUGCUCUCGAUAUUAUAGAGCUCCAGAACUUAUAUUUGGGGCAACUGAAUAUACAACUGCGAUUGAUAUGUGGUCUGCUGGGUGUGUUUUGGCUGAGUUCCUUCUAGGACAGCCAUUGUUUCCUGGAGAGAGUGGGGUUGAUCAGUUAGUGGAGAUCAUUAAGGUCUUGGGAACGCCAACUAGAGAAGAAAUAAAGUGUAUGAAUCCAAACUACAAUGAAUUUAAGUUUCCUCAGAUUAAAGCACACCCGUGGCACAAGGUUUUUCACAAGAGAAUGCCACCUGAAGCAGUGGAUCUUGUGUCUAGGCUGCUUCAGUAUUCACCAAAUCUACGUUGCACUGCUUUGGCUGCAUGUGCACACCCUUUCUUUGAUGGUCUGCGGGACCCAAAGGCAUGCUUGCCAAAUGGGCAACAACUACCUCUUUUGUUCAAUUUCACAGCUCAAGAACUGGCAAAUGCACCUGAUGAGUUGUGUCAACGUCUCAUUCCCGAGCAUGCAAGGACCAAGGUGUUAAAUUGAUUGUCAGGCAUUGAAAUUUGUUCUGAAUGAGUAGAUACCCUCAUUAGCAAUGCUACCAGCCUCUCCUGAUUUGUUGUCUAGCCUGCACAGUUGUGACUACAACUCAUAGAAACCUUAACACCUUGCAACAAAAGUAACCCUUUGUAGUGGUUUGUUAUUUGAUUUAUGCCUUAGUUGUGAAGGAUAAUGAGUUCCAACAAUCUUGUAAUCAUGUUUCUAUAUAGUUCAAGUUCGUUUAUUCCUUAAAGUGGACUCAGAGUAUGUCAAAUUCUAUG